GGUCUGGGAAAUCGGACUGAAGUAGAAGUAUUCUAUGCAAUAAUUAAGGAUUAUUUUACUGAAAAAAUUGUUGAAGAAAAUGAAAUUUCAUGGACAAUGGUAGAGGAAACUUGGGAUGACAUUAAUAAUGAACCUAAUAUAAUGGACAUCAACGGUGAGUACCAAAUUGAUUCGCCAAAGUGGACCGAUGACGAAUUGGAAUUUGACAGUGAUUAUGAGACCCAUGACCGGCUUGGAAACGGAACUGAAAAAGAUGAAUGUAAUUUAGUAAAACUAGAAGGAAGAGAAACACCGCUAGUACACAGACAGCAAGAUAAAAGCAAUAACUUAUCUAAGGACAAACUUAAGACAUUUA